AUGUCUUCAUUCUUCGGUGGAGGAGCCGCUUCCAGCGCAGGCGCAUCUUCAGAUAUGAACGCUCGGAAAGAGCAGAUGAAGCAGCAGAUCCAGCAGGAACUUGCUGUCGCAAAUGCUCAGCAACUGAUCACCAAGAUCAACGAAAAUUGCUUCGAAAAAUGCGUAAAAUCACCAUCAGCAUCCCUCACAUCAUCAGAAGAGCAAUGCCUCGGAAGGUGUAUGAACCUCUACAUGUCGGCGUUUGACCAGGUCUCGCGGUCGUAUGUCGCUCGAGUGAGCAAGGAGCGCGCUGGCGGAAUGGGCGGAGGUCUAUGA